UGUCUUCAGUGCAUCAGACACCAUCACACACAGCAGCAGCAGCAGCAGCAACAGCGGCAGCAGCUCCCUCUGUCUAUCAGGAGACGCUCCACUGCCUCCUCUUCCUCCUCUUCCACUCCUCAGAACACCUAGAUGGUGCGAGAGGCCAGCUGAGGACGCGACAGAGCAGACAGGACGGGCACUUAACUGUCACGAAGGAGCGCCGGGCAAACAUUCACGCUGAGGAUAACACUCCCAUCGGAGCCGGCAGGCUGAAGGCGCAGCCAGUGGCACUGCAGAGGCAGCACGGCAGCACAGUGAGCUACAGCUUGGCUGCAAGAGGUAGAGGAACAUGCGCUCCCGCAGCAACAGUCUGGAGGACGUCACCAAGGCCAAGCUGGUGCAGCAGCAACAGGUGGACGCACGCAAACGGUCUGCAGAGCGAGAGGAGCCCUCGGGAAGGGCGGAGCGCCGCAGUCGACACCGGGAGCCGCCGGACGACACUGGCACCAUCCAGCGGAACCACAAGACCAACAAGAACGGCACCAGCGCCUGCGCCGGCGGUGGGAGCGCCGGCACCGGUGCUGCAAAGGGCGGUCGGAAGGAGAAGGGCAGGGACCUUUCCCGAGACGACCUUGUCUUUUUACUGAGCUUGCUGGAAGGGGAGCUACAGGCCAGAGAUGAGGUGAUCACAGUGCUGAAGGCAGAGAAAAUCGACUUGGCCCUGCUGGAGGCCAAAUAUGGUUUUGUCACACCACAGAAAGUCCUGCAGGCCCUGCAGAGGGACGGCGUCCAGGGAAAGUCCGACGACUUCCUGGAAGACAUCUAUGAGAAACCCAUGGUGGAGCUGGAUAAGUUGGUGGAGAAGCAGAGGGAGACCCACCGGCGGAUGCUGGAGCAGCUGCUGAUGGUGGAGCAGUCGCACAAACAGGCUCUGUUCAAGCUGGAGGACGAGAAGAGGAACCACGGAGAGUUCAUGAAGAAGAGUGACGAGUUCACCAACCUGCUGGAGCAGGAGCGCGAGAGGUUAAAGCUGUUAAUUGAUCAGGAAAAGGCCUACCAAGAACGAAAAGACGAAGAGAACAACAAAAAGGUUGCAAGCCUAAAGGAGGAGCUGACGAAACUCAAGUCGUUUGCGUUGAUGGUUGUGGAUGAACAACAGCGUCUCACAGAGCAACUCAAUCAACAAACAGCAAAGGUCCAAGAACUGACUGCCGGUUCAUCCCAAGUCCAGGAGGAGCUGAACUCAGCGAAUGCUCGUCUGCAGGAAGAGGAGCAAAAGGUCAUUCGCUUGGAGGCUGAGCUGCGUGACCAAGCUGGUCGAUACCACCAGGAACAAGAGGCCAUGACUGCCAAACUGACGAGCGAGGACACCCAAAACAGGCAGCUGCGCCAGAAGCUGUCGGCUCUCAGCAGGCAGCUCGAUGAGCUGGAGGAGACCAAUAAGACCCUGCGCAGGGCUGAGGAGGAGCUGCAGGAGCUCAGAGACAAAAUUAGCCGUGGAGAGUGUGGAAACUCCAGCCUCAUGUCUGAGCUUGAAGAGUUACGGAAGCGGGUGCUGGAAAUGGAGGGAAAGGAUGAAGAGUUGAUCAGAAUGGAAGACCACUGCAGGGACCUCAACAAGAAACUGGAGAAGGAGGCCAACCAAAGCAGGUGCCUGAAAGCUGAAGUUGACAAGCUGAAUCACCGAAUUAUGGAUUUAGAAAAGCUAGAGGAUGCUUUUAGCAGGAGCAAACAAGAAUGCAGCUCCCUCAAAAGUAACCUGGAAAAGGAGAGGACGGUGUCAAAGGUUGUGACCAGCGAGCUGGAAGUCUUGAAAGUCAGAGUCAGAGAACUGGAGGCUGCGGAGAGCCAACUGGGGAAGACGGAGCUGACGCUGAAGGAAGAUCUAACCAAGUUAAAGACUCUGACAGUCAUGCUGGUGGAUGAGAGGAAGGCGAUGGCAGAGAAGCUCAAACAAAUGGAGAACAAAGUUCAGAACAGCACUGGCAAACUUCAGGCUGAACAAGACAAAGUAACAACAGUCACAGAGAAGCUAAUCGAGGAGAGCAAGAAAGCACUGAGAUCCAAGGCUGAACUGGAAGACAAAAUGUGCAGCGCUACGAAGGAAAGAGAUGAUUUGAAGGACAAGCUGAGGAGCGAGGAGGAGAAAAGUAAUGAUUUGGAGUCUAAGAUCAACAUGAUGAAGAAAAGGCUGCAAUCACUCGAGACGAUAGAGAGAGAGUACCUGAGAAGCAAAGCUAAAGAGGAGCACAUCAAGACACCCAUCGCUAACCGCUUCCAACAAGAAGACAACAAAGUCAAGGAUUUGACACAGGAAGUUGAACGCCUCCGACGCAAAUUAAAGGAUAUGAAAGUGGCAGAAGGUGAUUUAUUGAAAACAGAGGAGUUUGAGUCCCUGGAGAAAAGAUUCAACAAUGAACAGGAAAAAGCUAGAGCCUUGAUGGAGGAGCUGGAAAUAUCGAAAAAAGAGCUCUCAAAGUACCAGCUGGCUGAAAAGAAAGAGUGCAGCCAAGAGCAUGUUCUUUACAAACGCCUGAAAGAAGAGGAGGCAAAGUCUAGUCAUCUGACCAGAGAGGUUGCAGCUCUGAAAGAGAAAAUUCAUGAGUACAUGGGAACAGAGGAGUCGAUCUGCCGCAUGAAAACUGACCACUCCACACUGCAGAGGAAACUGACCCAGCAGGAGGUCAGAAAUAAGGAGCUGGCCAGAGAAAUGGAGACGCUCACUCGAGAGCUUGAAAGAUACCGCCGAUUCAGCAAAAGUCUGCGCCCAGGAAUGAACGGAAGGCGCUUUUCUGACCUGCACGUCUCCACCAAGGAAGUCCAGACAGAGCCACUCGAACUCAUGUCUCCCAACUGCAAGACGAUGGCGCCACUGGAGCGCGCCGUGGUGAACGGGAAGUUGUACGACGAGAGCGAACCCGAAGACAACGUAAAUUACAGCAACGAGCUUCAGCUCACCAAAUGCAGCCCCUCGCUCAUCAAUAGUGUAAAUAAUCUGAACAACAACCUGAGGAGAGCGAGGGGGCCGCUCCUCAAAAACAAAGACGCCCCCCAUCAGCUGAAUGGCAAGAUGCAACCACGGCAGAAUGGCAACCACGUCCAGCCUGGAGACGUCGUUUUGACACACAGUCCUGGGCAGCCUUUGCACAUAAAAGUGACCCCUGACCACGGACACAACACGGCAAUGCUCGAGAUCACCAGUCCGACCACAGAAAAUGCCCAGUCGUUCACCAGCACUGCAGUCAUACCAACAAGCGGAGGUCCACCCAAACAGAGAAUUACCAUCAUUCAGAACGCAUCCAUAUCUCCAACGGCAAAAUCCAUUUCCCCGACAACAAAAUCAAAAAGUUCCUCUUUGUCCGAUGAGCCAUGUUCACCUGAUAGGGCCCUAUCACCUUUCACUAUGGCUACGUACUCCAGAGCAAUGACCCCAGACUCUUGUGGCUCCGUAACUCCAGACAGAGCCAUGUCACCAAUACAAAUCGUUUCGGUGACAACAGGCACCCCUGACCGCUCCCACUCCACGGAGCCGGUGGAGGUUGUCGGAGGGCACGCCGUCUUCCGCGUGACUCCCGAAAGGCAGAACAGCUGGCAGGUUCAGAGGUCGAACAGCUCGGGGCCAAACGUCAUCACCACGGAGGACAACAAGAUCCACAUUCACUUAGGGAGCCCGUUCAUUCAGAGCAUCAGCGCCCCGUCACAAGCGCUGACCCCGUGCCUCGCGCCUGGACUCCAGGAGCAAAGGACUCAGGUGCUUGCAAACUGUGGUACACCCGCUGUCAAGGGCAACAGCAAAAUCACAAGUAGCAUCAUGAUUAAGCCCACCUCCACCCCAAUCCAAAGGCCAUCACAAAUUACAAUACCUGUAGAAGCAUUCCGACGCCCAGGGCCGACGAGAAUCCCCAAACCGAAGGGCUACGGCUCCCAGAAAGGGACAAACUGCACGGCAGCAAACCUGGGACUCCACAGCAAGAGUCAGACGCCACAUGUGAGCGCGGGGAGAGAGCAGCCUCUACAUGCGUCGCACAACAACAACAACAACCCAAAUCUAGCAAACCGGAGACUGUGAUCCUCAUUAUUACUUGACAUAAGCAGAAUGAAUUAAAAGCAGUGAUCUGUGGUGCUCUGAAAACUACAAAACGCAACAUGUGGAGUCAGUAACAUGUUCAGUGUGUAAACAUUAAACAUUUGUAGGAAGUAGUUCAAAUGUAGAUUCAGUUAAGACACAUCAUAAUUAGAAUGAUGAGUGUGUUAUAUGAUCAUGCUGUUAGAUGACAAGUUAAUGUUUAAUCGUACUGCGAUUAUUCAUCUUUGACUUUAUCUGUUGUCAGAUACAGAUAAUAAGCAUUUCUCCAUUUCUAAGGAUGGAUCUUUUUUUUUUAUUGUGGCAAUAAUGUACAUAAGUGUAUAACUGAUGUGUUGUAACACAGCUCACUCACGGUGAUAAUCUUUAAAAAAAACAAUGUGACAUUUGUGUUAUUUUUUGGUUAUCAAUAAAGACUUUUUAUACGUUGA